CAGUCGUCGUUCUGCCGCUGCGAAGCCAGCAACAAAGUUCCGCAGCGGAACGCAACCAGUUGAGCGGAGUGUCGAAAAUACGAAUACGGACGGAUACGGAUACGUAGUUGGCAGUGCGGGCCUCAAGCCGUUUAUUACGUAUACGCACCGCGUGCCGCCGAUUGGCGAAUUUUAUUAUUUUCCCCGAGUGUCACAAGGCACACGGCAAAUAUGAGGCUGAAAUGUAAAUGAAAAUGAGCGGGCGAGCCGAAAGACAACAAAAACAAAGAUAACAACAGGGCAAGGAACAACAAUAGUUGGGCCAAAUCAAUGACGAUAAGGCGGCAAACAGUUGGGCCAAAAAGAGUACGGCCAACACAAAAAAGUUAUAAAGUAGAAAGGAGCUGAAGUGAAAUUGACAGCAAUUAUAAAAAAAGUGUGAACAAUUUAAAAAUAAAAUCAAAUUAUUGGAAACAUAAUAAAAACUAAACAACAGGUUCAAUAAAAAAGAAAAAAAUACUAGUAAACAUAAAUAAAAAGGAAAACGCAAAAACACACCGGAAUAGGCAGCAAACAAAAGAAAUUAUGUAAAAAGGAAAGAAAAGAAAAAACCCAAAGAAAUUUGCCUUUUCAACAUUUCUUCGCCCAUUCAAGGGAUACGAAAACAGUAACAGACCUCAGAUAGACAGACAGAUUGUAUGCAUGAUUGUCGAGAGGCGGGGACAUAUUCCUCGAUUUCGAUUUCGAUUUAACGUGAGUGCCAGGCGAGCAAACACAAACAAGCAAACAAAUCAAGCACAAUACUUAGAGUUCCCUAACAUUCCGUUCCGAUUCACACUCCUUCAUUCCGGCGCGUUCGAUUCUACGGAAAAUGCAACACAAAUAUUAGCAAUGCCAUAAAACAAUAAACCCGAACGUAUUAAUUGCAAUCUUAUGAUAGUGAAAAUAUGGAAACAAAAAGCCAGGCGGAACGAGAAUAGCAAACAAACCAGAGAGUUUACAACGAAAAGUUGCUGAGGAGCGAGCUUCGGCAAAUAUCAACAGCUGGGGAAGCAAAUCAUAAGUAAACACAAAGGACAGGACCGGCAAAACCGCACAGGACGAAGGAUAAACGUGGUAGUUGCCAAGAGAGCAGCCUCGGGUGUUGACCAGGAGUGAAGGGAUCCGGGGAGGAGGUCCAACAGCUGCAACAGCAAUCCGAGCAGCUGCUACAUCCACGAGCAACGAGCAACCAGCUACAACGAGGGCAACAAUAAGAACCGCCAGAGACAACACCCGCAAUCAAAUCAAAUUCAAAGAUGCAAAUUACAAUUUGCAUACAAAUGCAUGCGGACCAGACAGCCAACACAACAACAAUCGGCACAAACUGCAGCACCAGUAACAAAAGCCUCGCAAAUUGUUGUCAAAUGCUGUAAAAUUGUGCAGAGUAAUUCCAAAGCACACUUGCAAACAUAUCACUGAGCGGGUGUCGGGUCAAUCCACCAGUCAACAUGAUCAAGGGCAUUCUGAUCCAGCGCAAGAGCCAGGAGGAUGCCAGCUACACCAAGCAGCUCAAGAUGGAGCACGCCGAUCUGGUGGCCGAGAUGCAGACCGUGGAGAGCCUGCCCACCCACGAGCGGCUCCAGCUGGCCAGACUGCGUCGUGCCCAGCAGCUGAAGCUGUCCCGCCAGAAGGACAAGGAGUGGGCCAAGCUGCAGCGGGCGAAGGGCAACACGGCGAGCGGGGGCAGCGGAAGCGGAUCCGUGGGCAACGGGCUGAUGAACGGCAACGGAGAUACCACGCACCACUUCCGGCACGCCAAUGGAUCCGGCACGCUGAGCGGCAGGCGGCACAUAUCCUUCGAGAACAGCGUGGUGCUCCUGGAGGCCGCCUCCCGCAACGAUAUGCCCGAGGUGGCCGCGCUCCUGCAGCACGGAAUCACGCCGGAUGCGGCCAACGAGGACGGACUGACGGCGAUGCAUCAGGCGUGCAUCGAUAACAACGUCGAGAUGCUGCAGCUCCUGCUCGAGUACGGGGCGAACGUGGAUGCGCAGGACAGUGAUAAGUGGACUCCCCUGCAUGCGGCCGCCACCUGCGGCCACCUCGAGCUCGUCCGCAUCCUCAUCCGGCACGGCGCCAACUUGCUGGCGGUCAACACCGACGGCAACAUGCCCUACGACCUGUGCGACGACGAGAACACCCUGGACUUCAUCGAGGGCGAGAUGGCGCAGCGGGGCGUGACCCAGGAGCUGAUCGAUGAGACGCGCUCCUCCACGGAGCGCAUCAUGCUCAGGGACCUCAUGGAGCUGGCCCGCACCGGGGGCGAUCUGGAGGAGCCCGACUACCAGUGCGCCACACCCCUGCACAUAGCUGCCGCCAAUGGAUAUGUCCGUGUCGUCGAGUUUUUGUUGGAACAGCAUGUCAACGUGGAUGCCAUGGACAAGGAUCUGUGGACUCCGGUUCACGCCGCCGCCUGUUGGGGUCAUCUCGAGGUGCUGGAGAUGCUGGCGCAGUGCGGUGCUGAUUUAAAUGUUCGCAACAAGGACGACGAGACGCCCUCAGACAUCUGUGAAGAUCCCGAGAUCCGGGAGCGGAUCGAGCAGCUAAAGACAGAGCAGGAGGUUAAACGACUGGCCGAGGCGCAGCGACGACGCGUUCGCCGCUCCCAGAGCAACAAUACCAGAGCCCAAUCAGUGCGACGCACUAGUUUGCGGGACAAAACGCUGACAACCAAAAAGGAUGCCGUCGAGGAGACGCGUCUGCGGCUGCAGGCCCAGGAGGCGACGGACUCGGAGACCCCCUCCUCGGGCGGAGAUCCCCUGACCAAUGGCUAUGGUUACGGGAACAACAACGGCGAGAAGCGACCCUCGACGGGCAGCUCGAAUGGCCAGCCACUGCCGCACUCCAAGUCCGCCGAUGCGUUGGACAACGCCAUGAUGGCAUCCUCCGCCGCACUGGCGGCCACCACCACCACACAUUCCUAUCCAUCGCGCCGUCCACCGGAUGGCCGGGAGAACGACGAGCUGCUCCGCCUGAAAGCCGCCGGCGGAGUCGGAGAGGUGCAGCGGGCCACCUCGGCGGCGGCCGUGAUCCUCACCGAGAAGGGAACGGCGGCCAGUGCCGAGGCCGUGCAGAUCCAGUCGUCCAAGGAGGCUGCCAACGGCAAGAUCAACGUGCAGGUCACCGUCCUUGUGGACACCAACAGCACGCACCACCAUCAGCAACAUCAACAGCAGCAGCAUCAGCAGCAGCAACUCCAGCAGCAGCAGCAUGUGUUGCUGUUGCAGCAGCACCAGCAACAUCAGCAGCAGCAGCAGCAGCAGCAACAGCUUCAGCAGCAGCAGCAUGUUGCCUUGGAUGGCUAUAGUGCCACACUGGCCAACCUGAAGAAGCAACGCUCGCUUUCACGCACCGCCAAUGUCCUCAAUAAUUUCGAAUUGUCAUCCCAAGCAACUAGCAAUGCCCAUCCAAUGGCGGCUGCAACUGCCACUGCCACUGCAACAACAACUAAUGGUUCUGUUUUAGGAGCCGGCGGCAGCAGCAGCAGCAACAACAACAACAACCUUAGCACCAACAACAACAACGGAUCAGCCCCGAUCUCGACGCAACCCACCUUGGGUCACCUGGGUGGACCUGGCAGCCUGCUCUCCGACUUCGAGGGCUCCUCGCCGGCGGGCAGUUCGCUGAACAAGUUCAGCGGCAUCACCGGGGACGUGGUCACCGACAGCACCAGUUCCAGUCGCCGCUGCUGCGUCCUGAUGUAGAAGCUAAAUGCAUUACUAACUAACUAACUACUAGAAUCACAGGGUAUUAAACCAACCAGAUUUGUCAGAUGGAUAGGCCAUUGUGCAAAUUGGCAAAAGAAAAAGUGUCUUUUUUUAGAUUAGCCGAAUUCAGUGAGUGAAUUGUUGAAUGUUAAACACACACAAAUGCAUGUUGGUUUAGGCAGGGGGCUCAGUUCUGUGAGCCACCCCCAAGAAACGGCUCAAAGUCGUUGCAUUUUCCUAGCAGACACUACACUACACACAACCAAUUAUACGAUACAAAUUUAUACAAAUAUACAACCGUAUGUAUACAUUUUAAAGAACAUAAAAGAGUAAUAUUAAAUAAAUGUGAGCAGUUUACCUUAGUUGAUAUGUAAAAGCGAAAUCAAAAACCAUAUGAAAAACAUCAAAAAUAUUUAUUUAGCGUUGCUAAGAACUAAACUUAAUAGAUUUGCUUGGAGUGCAUUCAGUGUGUGAGUGUUGAGACCGAAACAGGCAAAGUAUUAUGCAGCAAGUAUGAACUAUUUAACUAAAUAUACGAUAGCGAAAUUGUAGUUAAAACGAGACGGAUUAGAAAAGCAAAGCAAUGAAACGAAAUGCAAAGCACUCAAGCAAUUCCCCAUAUAAGUGUCUAAAUGUUCGAAUUGACAAGAUGUUAGUGCUGAAAGGCAAAAAUCAGCAUUUGAGUUGAGUUCUGUCGAGAUACAAGAACAUUUGUAUUAUUUAUGUAGCAUCUAUGUUUGUAUAUACACGAUUCCAAAAGAGAAGAUGAUAAAAUGCAAAAUACAACGCGCAAUUAGCAAACGAGACUUUUUUCGAUUUAAAUGUCAAGGCAUUAGCUGAACGUUUUGUAAAAUAAACAAAUGAAAUAUGAAAA